AUGAUGAAUGUUGCUGACGAAAUAUUAUCAGGUCUUGUCAAUCAUCCUAAGUCAUUAUCGAAUCUUCAAUGGCUUCAUUAUGAUCAUGAAGGAUCACUUAUUUUCGAGAAAAUUGUUUUACAAGACGAAUAUUAUGUUGCACGAACCGAACGUUCUAUUUUAAAAUCGAAUGCCGAUGAAAUUAUUGUUAAGACUGUAGAUAAUCGAAAUAAACGUCUUCGUAUUGUCGAGCUUGGUGCUGGUACAGCUAGUAAAACGUCUAUUCUUCUUGCAGCUGCUGUAAAACAUCAAGGAUCUGCUAUUGAUUACUUUCCAAUUGAUGUAUCAUCAUCGGCACUUACCGAAGCACAAUCAAGCUUAACAUGUCUCGUACCUGAUGUAUGCGUCAUACCACAGAUUAAAAAUUACGUAACAGACGAGUUUAUCCUACCAAAUUUUGAUGGAUGUACAUUAGUCAUUUAUAUUGGCUCAUCGAUUGGAAAUUUUUCUCGAGAAGAAGCCACACGAAUUCUUUCUCAUGUACAUAAACAAUUAAAGGCAGGAGAUGCCUUGUUACUUGGUGUCGAUAUGUGUCAAGAUCCUGCUGUACUAUUGCCAGCCUAUAAUGAUAAGAAUGGUGUGACGAGUGCUUUCCAUUUGAAUGUAUUACGUCAUCUUAAUCGUGAAUUUGGAUAUAAUUUCGAUCUUGAUCAAUUUCGUUAUAAAGUUAUAUGGAAUAAACAUCAUUCAAGAGUAGAAAAGCAUGUUGAGAGUUUGUGUUCACAACAAGUGAAAUGUAUUAAUCAAUCUGAAGAACAUAUUAUUUAUUUUAAUCAAGGAGAAACAAUUCAUAUCGAAGAUAGUCAAAAAUUUACCAAUGAGCAAAUUACUAUGCUUUUAAAUAAUGCUGCUUUUCAAAUUGAACACAUAUGGAGCGAUGAACAUAAAUGGGUUAAUAUUAUAUUAGCACGUGUUCUACCAAAAUAA